AUAAAAUAAACACAAAAAUGUCUCCAGAUGGCGGACACAAUCUUUGAACAUGAUGUGAAGCCCAGACAAAUGGCCUAUAUAAAUGAUGGGAAUGUUCUAUUCAAUGUCAAUUCCUGGUGGAUUUUCCGUUGUAUGGUCUUUUCUUUGUCUUUUCUCUUCAAACAAGUUGACUGCACAAGAAUGCUGGCCAGAUUGAUUUUAGUUCUGUUGACUAUUUUUGUUUUCAACGUCAUUUCUAUAAACGCCCAUGGACGCCUACUGGAGCCGCCAUCUCGCAUGUCUGCUUGGAGACUGGGCUAUCCUGUCCCCAGGAACUAUGAUGACCACUCAAUGAACUGUGGCGGGUAUGCUACUCAGUGGAACAAAAACGGAGGUAAAUGUGGUAUCUGUGGAGACUCCUGGUCAGGUACAAGAUUUUAUGAAAGACCAAAUGGAGCAAUGGUUCAACAUAAGGUCAUCCCAAUGACCUACUCUGAAGGUUCAACUAUGAAGGUCACUUUAGAUAUAACUGUGAGCCAUAACGGCUGGAACGAGUUCAGACUGUGCAAUGUAGCCAGAACAGGAGGAAUCGAAGCCACGCAAUCCUGUCUGAAUGACACACUUUUGUCUGACGCCAGUGGGAAAACAAAGUUUUAUUUCACCAGUAAGAAAGUUGGCCUCUAUAGCUACAAGCUACUUCUUCCUAGAGGAACGACUUGUGAUCACUGUGUGCUCCAGUGGAAGUGGAAAACAGGAAACAGCUGGGGCUGUGACGCUGCUGGUUGUGGAGUAGGUCACGGUGACGCCCAGGAAGAGUUCUACGGUUGUUCAGACAUCAAAAUCUUACCUAAAGGCGCUCCAUUACCUACACCAAAACCAAGGACUACCACCAAGCCAAGCUUUUCUUUCAGACCCAGCGCGAAGGACUACCUUGGAUACAACUUGCUGGACAUUUUCCGAGAGUUUGAACUUGUGUCCAGAACGUUCGACGUGUCAGAAAGAGACGAUGACCUUGACCUCGACGACGUUCUUCCAGUCAACACAAGCGCGCAGGAAUAUUUGGAAACGUUAAUCACAUUGAAAACUCAAGGGAAGCUACCUUACAUACCCCAAACACAUCCAUCUGAUAGUAAAAUAGUUUUCUAAUUCAUUGUAUUUUUCUGAACCAAGUACAGUGAUCGGUACAUCUUAUUUAGAUUAGUACGUCUUAUUUAGUUCAGUACAUCUUAGUGUGUCAACUAACUACUAUUACUUCUGAAGUAAAAUUGCUGCUUCUUCAAAUCUUUCGAGAUUCAAUAUCAAAAAUUGAAUCAAUACAAAUUAAACUUGACGAGGAAACAAUUUUAGCUUUUUAAACCAAUGACAGUUCCACUGAUACGAAAUUAUUUCUUGGAAAAUAUAAAUGUUGUACAAUAGUGUAAUAAAAUAGCUUUCCAAAACUUGUGUACUGUUAUUGUCACGUGAAUAUUUGUUUUGAAACUUUUAAAUAUUUGUUAAUAUCUCCUGGCGAUUGAUUAAUUGUGUUUGCUGUUGAAUAUUUCUAAAUGUAUCUUAAAUUUAAAUUCAAAUUCUUUUGAUAGAAAUUUUCUUAUCUCUCAAAAUGAAAGUAUAGCAAAGUAAAAAUGUGUGCUAUCCUAUUCGAAAAUAAAAGUGAAUAAAGCCAAAAAAAUUUCU